AUGGACGACGCCAACGUCGCCGACUUUGUCAGCAUUACCUCGUGCGACGCCGACAAGGCCGCCCAGUACUUGCGCCUUACCGACGGCAAUCUCGAGCAGGCCAUUCAAUUGUUCUUUGACAGCCCCAAUCUCGACUUCGGCCCCGCCCCCACAGCAACAACACCAGCAUCUGGCCCAGCAGUUGGCUCGCACGCUGCCUCGUCGUCGACGGCACAAAAUCCUAUCCAUGUCGACUCAGACGACGAAGACAUGGCCGACUUCAACCCCGCCGCACACUCGGCCACCCCGCCAGCACGGGGCGCGCCCAGCACAGAAGACGACGAGGCCAUGGCGCGACGGCUACAAGAGGAGAUGUACGGCGGAGGAGGUCCUGCGGCUGCGGAUCCAGAUCAAGUGCGUGCUCCCAUGCAGCGAACAACCGAGACGUUGGUGGGGCCAGACGCACACUGGGGCCCAGCAGACACCGACGACGACCAGGUCGAUGCCAUGGUCCAGGAACAGCUCGCCCGUCGCCGUGCCGGCCGCGCCGGCAUCUUCAACCAGCGCACCACCCAAACCAAUGUCUGGGAUAACUCGGCCGAUUCGAGUGCACGGCGUCGCGAGCUGGCGACGGCGACGGGGGGAGCCUCGGAGCAGUCCUCUAAGAUGAGCAUGCUAGCAGAGCUCUUCCGCCCGCCCUUUGAGCUCAUGUACCAGGGUGCGUGGGACAAGGCGCGGGACAUGGGCAAGGACGAGCAAAAAUGGCUCCUGGUGAACAUCCAGGAUCCCGCCAUUUUCGACUGCCAGCGCCUCAAUCGCGACAUCUGGAAGAAUGAGGACAUCAAGGCCACGGUCCGCGAAAACUUUCUCUUCAUGCAGUACGCCAAGGACGAUCCCCGGGGCCAACAGUACGUCAACUACUACUUCCACGCCCGCGAGAGCUCCGAUGCCUAUCCACACAUCGCCAUUGUCGACCCCAGGACCGGAGAGCAGGUCAAGGUCUGGUCAGGUCCGCCCAUACCCGAGCCUGUCGAGUUCCAUGCCCAGCUCCACGAAUUCCUCGACCGGUACAGUUUGAAUGUCAACGCGAAGAAUCCAGUGGCCAAGCGGAAAGCCGAGUCCAAGAAGAUUGACGUGGACCGCAUGACAGAGGAGGAGAUGAUGGAAUGGGCCCUACAGAACAGCAUGGACAGUGGCACACAGGCAGGCCCCAAGCACGACGAUCCCGAUGCUCUCACAAAGUCAUUCGACAACAUCAAGGGCAAAGCCAAAGCCCAAGGCUCGACGCAAGAUGCAGAGCCAGAAACUGGACCAGACGACGAAUCCUCGAAUCCAGCCUUUGCCCAAAUCUCGUCACAUGCACCACACACGGAGCCAACCAUUACAGACCCAAAAAUCACAACUCGCAUCCAGUUCCGUGGUCCGUCUGGUCGUCCCAUUGUCCGCCGCUUCCAUCUCUCGGAUCCCGUGCGCCGCAUAUACGAAUGGAUCAAAUCAGAUGUCCCCUGGGAAGGCAAGCAGGGUGCCGUCUUUGACUUGACUUUUACGGGCAAGAAUCUGAUUGAGCAUCUUGAUUCGACUAUUGAACAGGCUGGCCUCAAGGGUGUCAGCAUCAUGGUCGAGUUUCUGGAUUCCGAGUAG